GCGAAGGACCUGGCAUUACGGCUUAAGAUGCUCGCAAAUAGCUCAGCGGCAUUUUCCCUGCUCUUGUCUUUCUUCCUUUCGUGAGCAGCUUGUUGCUCGCAAAAAUAAUAAUCAAACUCUCGCAUUUUAAAAGGGAGUCCAGAACACAAGAGUGAUGGUAGGACCAAGACCAGUCGUUCUGAGCGGCCCUUCGGGCGCAGGGAAGAGCACGUUGCUGAAAAGGCUGUUGAAGGAUUAUGAGAACGUCUUUGGCUUCAGCGUGUCCCGUGAAUACCACAAGGAAUCCAAGACCCGGCGAAGUGAAUGGGAAAGAUUACCAUUUUGUGACCAGAGAAAAGAUGCGGGAGGAGAUUGAUGCUGGAGGAUUUGUGGAAAAUGCAGAGUUUUCUGGAAAUAUGUAUGGAACAAGCAAAGCCGCCAUCCAGGCGGUCCAAGCUCAGAACCAGAUCUGUAUCCUGGAUAUCGACAUGCAGGGCGUGAGGAGCAUGAAGAGGACGGACCUCAACCCCAUCUACAUCUCCAUCCAGCCUCCGUCCAUUGAGAUUUUGGAAAAGAGACUACGAGACAGGCAGACGGAAACGGAGGAGAGCUUGCAGAAGCGGCUGAACGCAGCUUCUAUAGACAUGGAACUUAGUAAGGAGCCUGGCCUUUUCGAUUUGAUCAUCAUUAACGACGACGUCGACGUGGCGUAUUCCGAGCUGAAGAAGAUUCUCGUAGAGGAAAUCCAGAAGGCGCAAGGGUCCAAGAAGUCCUGAGCGGCCGUGGCAAUUGAACCUGCAGACCAUUCCUGACGUCUUUCGCUGCUUGCUAAUCCAUCCGGGAAAGAAAACAGACCCACAUUCCUCUUAAACCUCGUUCUUCCUCCCCUGCCGUGAAAUUAUUCCAGGGCACUUUAUAUUAAAGGAAAAAUAUCUAACCCAA